CCCCGGCCCCACGGGCGGACACUCGGCCAGGCAGCCUCGGGCCGAGCGCACCGCCGCCGCCGAUGUGCCUGGUGGCCAGACUCCAAGUGGGACCGGCGAAUGCGCUGCCUCGCGCAGAAACUGAUGGAGACUCAAGCUCUGGAACCAGGGACUCGAGAAGCCUAUGGUGCCACCAGUCACCUCCCUAACAAGGGGACCCUGUCUAAAACCAAAAAGAACUUCAAAGACUUGAUGUCCAAACUGACAGAGGGACAGUAUGUACUGUGUCGGUGGACGGACGGGCUGUACUACCUCGGCAAGAUCAAGAGGGUCAGCAGUCCUAAGCAAAGCUGCCUUGUAACUUUUGAAGAUAAUUCCAAAUACUGGGUCCUGUGGAAGGACAUACAGCAUGCCGGUGUUCCAGGAGAGGAGCCCAAGUGUGACAUCUGCCUGGGGAAGACAUCAGGGCCAAUGAAUGAGAUCCUCAUCUGUGGGAAGUGUGGCCUGGGUUACCACCAGCAGUGCCACAUCCCGGUGGCAGGCAGUGCCAACCGGCCCCUCCUCACUCCAUGGUUCUGCCGACGCUGCAUCUUUGCCCUGGCUGUGAGGAAAGGAGGUGCGCUGAAGAAAGGCGCCAUCGCCAGGACGCUGCAGGCGGUGAAGAUGGUGUUGUCCUACCAGCCCGAGGAGCUCCAGUGGGACUCGCCCCAUCGCACCAACCAGCAGCAAUGCUACUGCUACUGCGGCGGACCUGGAGAGUGGUACCUGAGGAUGCUACAGUGUCGCCGCUGCAGGCAGUGGUUCCAUGAAGCUUGCACACAGUGCCUUAAUGAGCCUAUGAUGUUUGGAGACCGGUUCUACCUGUUCUUCUGCUCCGUGUGUAACCAAGGCCCGGAGUAUAUCGAGAGACUGCCCCUGCGAUGGGUGGACAUAGUUCACCUGGCCCUCUACAACCUGGGAGUACAGAGUAAGAAGAAGUACUUUGACUUCGAGGAGAUUCUGGCUUUUGUUAACCAACACUGGGAGCUCCUGCAGCUUGGCAAGCUCACCAGCACCCCUGUGACAGAUCGAGGACCUCAACUCCUCAACGCUCUCAACAGUUACAAAAGCCGGUUCCUGUGUGGCAAGGAGAUCAAGAAGAAAAAAUGCAUCUUCCGCCUGCGCAUCCGCGUCCCACCCACCCCUCCGGGAAAGCUGCUUCCCGACAGGGGGCUGAUGCCAAGUGAGGGAGGGGCUUCUGAGCUGCUUCGUAAGAGAGGAAAGAGCAAGCCCGGUUUGUUGCCUCAUGAAUCCCAGCAGCAGAAAAGGCGAGUUUAUAGAAGAAAAAGAUCAAAGUUUUUGCUGGAAGAUGCUAUUCCCAGUAGUGACUUCACUUCUGCCUGGAGCACCAACCACCACCUGGCCAGUAUAUUCGACUUCACUCUGGAUGAAAUUCAGAGUUUAAAAAGUGCCAGCUCAGGCCAGACCUUCUUCUCAGAUGUGGACUCCACCGAUGCCGCCAGCACCUCUGGCUCUGCCUCCACCAGCCUCUCCUACGACUCCAGAUGGACAGUAGGCAGCCGCAAGAGGAAGCUGGCAGCCAAAGCGUACAUGCCCCUGCGGGCAAAGCGUAAGGCGGCCAAGCUGGAUGGACGCUGCCCCUCAGACAGUAGCGCAGAGGGAGCUCUGGGCCCUGAGCCGCCAGAUGAAGGCAUUGACAGCCACACGUUGGAAAGCAUCAGUGAAGAUGACUCCUCCUUGUCCCACCUCAAGUCAUCUAUCACCAACUAUUUUGGGGCAGCUGGGCGGUUGGCCUGUGGAGAGAAGUAUCAAGUGUUGGCUCGGAGGGUCACGCCUGAGGGCAAGGUUCAGUACCUGUUAGAAUGGGAGGGGACAACCCCUUACUGACUAACCCUCAGGGGCUGCCUAGAUCCCUGGAAACCAAAGGAGGGACAGAGAAGCCAUUGGCUCCCUGUUUUCUCCAGGCUGGGGUGGUGGAAGGGAAGCAGGACAGAGCCAUAAGGGCCUGGCUGUAGUCCUGCCUGCUGCCUGCCAGGCCAAAGUCUGUGCUGCUGUACCAAUUGCCUGUGUCUCCAAGACCCCAGUGACUCUUUCUCAUUGUACGCUCCACACCCCUCAAACUGUUUAUUGGUCCCUCUGGUUCCAAAAUACCCUGGCUGUGACCCCUCCUGAUCCUGAGGCCUAAAUCUGUUUGUCAUUGUCCCCAGCUCUCCAUCUUUUUACCUCACCGAUUUUGGGUAUUUGUGUGGUCACACAUCUGCCAUGUGCACGUGUGCAUCUGUCCCUCACUGGAUUGUCUUCACUGGGUUCUCACUGGACCCCGAGGAUCUCCCAUUUUCUCACCAAUACCCCUAAGGCCAGGAGGAUAGGGGUGUCUGAGAAAGUUCAGAGUGCCUGGGACCCAAAACCUGGGGGUAAUGAACUGGGUCUCUGAUGAAGAGGCCAGCAGCAGGGUCCUUUAAGGAGGCUCAGAGGAGAGACUACAUGAGUCAGCUCUGAGGGUCCCAGAAGCUUGUCCCCAGCAAUAACCCUUCACUGCCGUUAUGGAGGACAGCCUGGCCUUGCUGCACAGAGGUGUUCUUAAACACUGAGAUCUCAGAGGAAAUGAUGGGGAGCCAAGCCAGGUCAGACUGAAUCUCAAGACUCAUCACAAGGUCCCACACCACACCACUGUGUGUACAGACACACGGUCACAUUCCCACGCCCUCCUGGCACCCUGGCUCCUGUCCUUGGCCCCUUCCAGGGGUACAUGCUGCAAUUAAAUGUGAAAACCAAACACUUGACCCAACAGAGAAGCACAAAAGACCCCCCUCUUCUGCAGAGCACCUGCCUCGCCCUGGAACUGACAAUCACUUUGGGGACAGGCUGGGGUUUUUCAAGGGCCUGAAUCGUUCCUUCCCUUCAGAAAGGAAGCUUUUGUCGUUGAUGGUAUAAAUAGAACCCUUAAAAUGGACAAACAGCCCUAUCUGGAGGGAAACCAUAAUUAGGAGGUGGGCAAGGAGCCAUUAGUUUGCCUGCAGAGAUAUUAGAAACUGACUCACUUGGUUGGAAAGAAGAAGUGCCUUGGGGUGGGAGGCAGGGACAGCAGAUUGGGACCAGCCUCACUGCUGCAGUGGCUUCCAGCUGGGCGGGGCUUUGCAUGCUGCCAGCUGGAAGGUGAAAAUGAACAGCGUGGGGACAUUAGUCCUAGGUCAGGGGCUGAUGUUUCCAUGAGUAGGCCUGACCCCUCCAUACCUGCCUGUGAGCAUUCAGGGGUCCCAGAAGUUAGAUGGCCUUUGCCUUAAACCUCAGCAACUGUAGUGCCUUGCAAAGGGACGUCUCCUCUCACUCUGGGCACAGCCGCUCGUUUCCCUCUGCUUCCCUGUCAUGUCUGAGGCAAGGAUGAGCAGAUGGGCGCUGGUCCCAGUUCUCAGUCUCACAGCUGCUGCCAUUGAGGUCCCCCAGCGGGGCCAGGUGGAAGGAGAGUUGUGAGGCCAACUCCCAGGCUGGCGGUAGUGUGGGAACUGGGGUCAGAUUUGUGGCCUCCUGUUAGCUUCAGUGAGCACGCCAACCUGCAACAUCUGCCUUCCAGGCUGGUGGGAAAAACGGAGAGCAAGGCUGCCCCUCCCUACUGGGCCUGAGGAGCAGGAAGGUGGUGGUGGAGGGGGGUGAUAGCACAAGGCCUGACCAGGUCACCAACGUUUUACUCCCACAAGAUAAUGGCUGCAUUACUGUCAACUGACAGUAUAACCCUGUGCACCUUUGAAAAGAUUUUGGUUUUUGAAU